AUGCCUGGUACGAAUGGGCUGAUUUGUUGCGAGUAACACGACGCGUGAUCGCAGGCCUAUCCACCGACACGUCGUCUCGCCUUUUUGCCGAGACACUGACUAUGAACGCUGUGAUUGCCAAAAGCGGUCUAUUCGCACUUUUUGCUGUCGCGCUCGCUAAUGUUCCAACUCUUCAGGUAUUCAACGGGCACCUAUCUAUUGACCAGCCAGCCUCUAACGUCCCUGUUCAACACUUUGUCGCUGGCCAACCCUACACCUUUGAAAUCCAGAUGGGGAAUGUCUUACAACAAGAUUACAUGGUUGAGUCGUGUACCAUGAACGGAAAGACGUUCAUUGACAACUUUGGGUGUGUACUUUGCGGUGAUGGUAUAUUGACGAGCAUUGAGACUGAACACUACGCAAGAGCUGGAGCCGUCAAAAGAACGCUCGUGCAUUUUGUCGCUAAACAGGAUAUUGUGAACAUUGCCUGUAACAUUAGAGUUCUGAAUUGCUGUGGAUGUGCUGAGCGUUCAUGCGAGCGUCAGCCAGUACUGACAAUGUUCCCGUUUGUAAGUCAUUCCUUGAUGUGCCCGGUAGCCGCCUCUCCUCCUAUACCUCCAGUUGUGGCUUCGAGACCAUCAACGUCAUAUUUUCCUUGGUGGCUACUACUCCUUUUACUUCUGCUGUUACUGCUCUGUUGCCUGGCACUUUGCAUAAUUCCGUUCCUAUUGUGGCGGAAACGCCGAAAAGCAACAACAACUGUUGCUGAACAUAAGCGUGGCGUUGGAGUUGAAACAGAUAAGGCGGUGCUGACAGACACCGCCGUUGGAUGCCGAAACGUGCAUCAAUACGCCGUCGAUUCUGAUUCAGUUCAUCGGGUUAAACCAGUGGUAGCAGUGGGAGACCGAGAGACGACAAUACGUGAAGCGGAAAUGAUUGCACGGGACCAGCGAGUUUAUCGGAGAGGGCUUGACUAUCGUAACGCAGAGUGUGACCGAGCCAGUUAUAGGAAUUUUGCCUACGAAAGAGACAUGGGAAGAGUUGCACCUCUCGAAGGAUUCGACCAAGUUGAAACAUGUGAACAACGACGUCACGUAUGCGAAGAUGAGGAUUACGACGUGGUUGAAAGGGAUGUCAAGCGAACUCACACAUCCAGGUCUGCUUCUCAAAACAUUCCAACCUACCAAAAGCUGCUUUCUGCAGUUCUUGAACUACACCUGCACUUAUUCUUUAUUCAUUAACUAUUCACUCCCAUUUAAGGUUCACCUCGCCAUGUCAUGUUCACUGCCACAGCAGCAUUGA